UCCAUUGAAUAAGAACUCAGAAAGCAUGGAACACAGUACUCCUUUGGUACUUCUUUUACUAGUACUACUAAUAGGAACUUCAUACCUUCACACAGUCAAACUUGGUUUCUGCAAUGCAGAUCCUAAUGUGAAUUGCAUGGAUAUCGAAAGGAAAGCCCUUCUGAAGCUUAGAGAGGGCUUCACUGAUCCUUCUGGCCGUCUUUCAUCUUGGGUUGGAGUAGAUUGCUGCAAUUGGAGAGGUAUAGGCUGCAACAGCACAACUGGACGCGUGGACAGCCUUGAUCUUCGCAACCCCUAUCCGGAAGGUUUGGACAGUGUUGGUGAUGAAAUAUUGCACACUUUGGGAGGUGAGAUCAAUCCUUCUUUGCUUGUUUUGAAAGAGUUGGUUUACUUGGAUUUGAGCAUGAAUGAUUUCGGAGGUCUUGACCUUCCAAGUUUCAUUGGAUCACUAGAGAGAAUAACACACCUCAAUUUAUCUGGGGCAUCUUUUGGUGGAGUGCUUCCCUCCAGUCUUGGAAACCUUUCAAAUUUGCUUCACCUUGAUCUCAGUAAUAAUGAUAUUGAGAGUGAUCUCAGAUGGCUUUCCAGUCUUUCUUCCUUGGAGUUUCUGAACUUGGGAGGAGCAGACCUUACCAAGACUGCACCAUAUUGGCUCCCCACUGUUAAUAUGCUCCCUUCACUUCUUGAAUUGCAUUUGCCUGGUUGUGGACUUUCCAUUUUUCCACCUACUCUUCCCCAUAUCAAUUUCACCUCACUUUUGGUUCUUGACCUCUCUACCAAUGGUUUUAACUCCACCCUUCCUCCCUGGUUGUUCAAUCUUACUCACCUACUCUAUCUUGACCUAAGUUCCAACAAUCUGCAUGGAGAACUUCCAGAAACAUUUGGGAGUUUGACUCAUCUGAAGAACCUUGAUUUGUCUGAGAAUUCAGACAUUGGAGGUCAGCUGCCGAGAAACUUAGGGAUGCUAUGCAAUUUGCAGUCUCUUAAACUUUCAAUCAACAAAGUUACUGGUGAGAUAACUGAUUUCAUUGACAGUUUGUCUAGAUGCUCAAACAGCAGCUUAGAGGGAUUGGAUUUAGGUUUUAACAGUCUCACAGGUCACUUGCCUAAUUCAUUAGGACAUCUUCAGAACUUAAGAUACCUCACGUUGUGGCACAACUCAUUCCAGGGUUCAAUUCCAGAAUCUAUUGGAAAAUUGACAUCUUUGGAGGACUUUUACCUUGCAUACAAUAAGAUGGGUGGAGUCAUCCCGGAAAGUUUUGGGCAGCUCUCAUCACUCGUAGCAGUAGAUCUAUCUGAAAACACAUGGGAAGGUGUUAUCACAGAAGCUCAUUUUCUGAAACUUCCAAGCUUAAAAGAGGUGUCAAUCCAGAAAGCCUCCCCAAACAUUUCCCUAGUUUUCAACAUUAGUUCUAAGUGGAUGCCUCCUUUCAAAUUAAGAUACUUGAACCUUAGAUCAUGUCAACUGGGCCCCAAAUUUCCUGCUUGGCUUAGAAAUCAGACGGAGCUUGUCACGGUGGUCCUCAAUAAUGCUGGGAUUGCAGAUAGCAUACCAGAUUGGUUUUGGCAGUUAGAUUUGUUAUUAGAUGAGCUAGAUGUUGCUUACAAUAAACUAAGCGGCAAAGUGCCAAACUCGUUAAGGUUCAUCAGUUCUUCUAAUGCUGAUUUGAGUUCAAACCGCUUUGAAGGUUCCCUCCCACUUUGGUCACCAAACAUCUCCACACUCUACCUCAGGGAUAACCGGUUUACAGGGCCAAUUCCUUCAAACAUCGGUGACGUGAUGCCCUCCUUGUCCGAUUUAGACAUCUCGAGGAAUGGAUUAACUGGAAGCAUUCCCCUGUCUCUAGGUAAUCUAAGCCUGUUGACAACCAUGGUUCUUUCGCAUAAUUACUUGACUGGUGAAAUUCCUCAUUUCUGGAAUAGCAUACCAGACUUGUAUAUUGUAGAUUUGUCAAACAACAGCCUGUCUGGUACAGUUCCAAGGUCCAUGGAUUCUCUCAUUUCACUGAGAUUCUUGAUACUCUCUGACAACAGCUUGUCAGGCAAGCUUCCUUCCUUGAGAAACUGCACCGGCAUGAAGAGUCUUGAUCUUGGUGAAAACAGGUUCUCUGGAAACAUUCCGGCGUGGAUAGGAGAAAGCAUGCCCUCUUUGUUGAUUCUACGCUUGAGUUCCAACUCAUUCACUGGAAACAUUCCUUCACAGUUAUGUGGCCUUUCCAAUCUUCACAUAUUGGACCUCUCAAACAAUACGCUUUCUGGUCAUAUUCCACAAUGUGUUGGUAAUCUGAGCGGCUUGAAAAUAUCUGAAGUCUCAGAUAAAGAUACAUCAUACCUUUACCAGGGGAAACUGAAGGUGGUGACAAAAGGAAGAGUUCUAGAUUAUAGUCCCACUCUUUACCUUGUUAAUAACCUAGAUCUCUCAAACAAUAACCUAUCUGGAGAUAUGCCUAUGGAGCUUACGACGCUGGUAAAGUUGUGGACCUUGAAUUUGUCCAUGAAUCAUUUGACAGGAAAGAUCCCAUCGAAAAUGGGCAACAUGGAGUUGAUAGAAACUCUUGAUCUUUCGAUAAACAAUCUGUCAGGUACGAUUCCACCGAGCAUGGUUUCUUUGACAUUCUUGGCACAUCUAAACCUGUCAUACAACAAUCUUUCCGGCGAAAUCCCAACAGCCAACCAGUUCAAAACUCUGGUUGAUCCAUCCAUAUAUGAAGGCAAUGAUGCUCUUUGUGGGUAUCCAUUACCCACUUCUUGCCAAGGCGAUGAAACUCCUCAGCUUCCAAGUGAAGAUGGUGAAGAAGAAGAUGACAGCAAUAAGCUUGGAUUAAUCAUCAGCGUGGUGCUAGGUUUCAUUACAGGGUUCUGGGGAGUUUUUGGGACUUUGGUCAUCAAGAAGUCCUGGAGAAAUGCAUAUUUUCAGUUCGUUUACAAAAUAAAGUAUGCAAUUCUAGAUUUUAGCUCAUCCAUGGGAAAGGGUCUGUGGAAAGGUGCAGAUAGAAUUUAAAGAACUUGUUUUCUCCUUUUAUGAUUCAGAAAAUAAAGCAAUGUCAUGCAUGAUCACUAGAA